AUGAGUGUUGACGAUGAUCAAUGGAAGGAGCUUACUGCUGAAAUGAAAGAUUUCUUCAGUGAGUUUGAUUAUAAUAAAACAGGACUUCUUGGUGUUGAAGAAAUUACAGCUAUUUUGAAAUCUGUAGGUCUUAGAUGCACAAUUGAAGAAGUUAGAGAAAUGAUGUCAUUAGUGGCAGGUCCAACGGCAACAGAAAUUAACUUUGAUCAAUUGAUGCAAAUUCUUAAAAGUCAUACCCAUCAAGAAAACGAAGAAGAAAUGGUUAAGCAAGCAUUUAAUACAAUUGAUAUUGAUGGUGAUGGAUUAAUUUCACCAGAAGAUUUACAAUGCUUCAUGCAAAGUCUCGGAGAAGAUUUUAAUAUUGAAUAUGCUGAGAGAAUGCUUAGAUUUGCUGCCGGAAAACCAAAGGAGUCCAAGGAAAGAGUUUCAAUAGAUUUAGAUACAUACAAGAAACAGCUUAAUAGCUUUUGGGUUAAAGAAGCUGAGAAAAACAUGGCUACUGAUUCGAAAUAA